AUGGACUCGCUUUUACAAGAAAAAACACCAAAGGUGCACCCGGUGGCGUAUAUGGACGUGGAGGGGAGCCCUGGAAGGAGUCGGGCGAUAUCCGCACACGGGGCAGGCAGAAAUGAGCAUCAGGGAGGCAGUAAGGGACAUGAAGAAAUCUCCCAGGGGAUCAGUCAUGGAAUGACACAAGGGAUCAGUCACAAAAUGACACAACGGAUAAAUCACGAAAUGAGACAAGAGAUCCCUCGAGAACCCCCCCAAAUUCCCCGCGAAAUGAGACAGGAAAUAAGACAGGAAAUGAGACAAGAAAUCCCCCAGGGAAUUUCACCGGAAAUUUCUCAAGAGUCCGAGCAGGCCCAGAAAGAGCCCAGUGACUCCCAGCAGGGAUCUACUCGGAUAUCCCUAGGGCGCCCCACGGAAUCGAUGUCACGAAAAAGUUUUGGCAAGGGCAGGUUGCCCACCUUCAACACAAUAUUGGCAGAGGCCCCUUCGCCUGGGUCACCGGCAAGCGACGAGAGUUCGGGUACGAGGGGAUCAUCGGAAAAUUCUCCCGAGACCUCGUCCGCGACGUCGGUAUCGCCCUCGAUGCGUCGCACGUCGACAUCGGCAGUCUCGAACAAGAGUCAGCCGCCCCUCCGGUGCAAGUGGCGCGGGUGCCGGGAGGUUUUCACGAAUGCCCGUGAAUUGUACGACCACCUGUGCGAUUUCCACGUGGGCCGUAAAUGCAACAAAAAUUUGUCGUUGGCCUGUGGCUGGGAGGGAUGCAGCGUGGUCACGGUGAAGCGGGACCACAUCACGUCGCACCUCCGGGUGCACGUGCCGCUCAAGCCGUACGCGUGCGAGACGUGCGGCAAGCGGUUCAAGCGGCCGCAGGACUUGAAGAAGCACACGCGGACGCACGCGGCUGGCGGUCACCGGGGACACCGGACCGGGUCUCGCGGGCGUAGAAUGCAGGACUUCCCUUUGCCCGGGAUCCCUGCGCCGUUUCCUCCGCUCGGCCGCAAGCACAGCCUCCCUGCGCCUCCGUACGCCAACAAGCUCCCUGCGCUAUACAACGAGCUCAAGCGUGCCCACAUUCAGCCCGUCUACGGCGUGCCCUUCGCCUCGCGCUUGGAUUCUCUCCCGGCCGCCUCCCCGCAGCAGGUCGCCGUGCCCUCGCUGCCGGCGCUCCCUGCAAUGGGCGGCUUCUCCUCCCGCCAGCAGCUUGCGGCCGCCUCUUCCUACUUCCAGCAGGUGUCGGAAAGCAUGCAGGGCUUGCAGGCGCAAAAUUUGCCCUUGCAGAAUUUGCAGGGCAUGCAAAGUUUGGCUAUGCAGAAUGCAAACAUGCAAAAUGCAAAUAUGCAGAAUGCGAAUGUGAAUGCAAGUAUUCAAAAUGCAAAUAUUCAAAAUACAAGUAUUCAAAAUGCAAGUAUCCAAAAUACAAAUAUUCAAAACGCAAAUAUUCAAAAUCAAAACAUCCACCUGUCAUACAACCACCCGGUGUGUUCCCAGCAGCUCCCACACUUGCAACUCCCUCAGCUCCACUAUCAGCAGCAGGCCGCCUCGCUUCCCCCAAUUGCCCUCCCUGCAAUCAGCCCGCAGGGCGUCACCUCCGUCGCCGGCAUCUCACCGGCUACCGCGUCGCAGGCGACCUCGCGCAGCCAGCUCAGGUUGUACCCGGCAAUGCCUUCCUCGCUGCACACCGGCGCAAGCACCACGGCCUACCCGCAGUACGCGUUUGGUAGCCCCUCAGCCCGCGCGCAGGGACAGUUCCACGUGGGAACAUCUCAGAAGUGCGGCCCGGCAGACUUGGCGGCCCAGAUCGCCUGCCUCAGGCUCUCAGAGGCCGAGGACAACCAGCUCGAGCAGUAUAAGAGGCACAGCCGGAUUGUCUGCGCCAUUAAUGAUUACCUAAAGGGACUUUUGGAAAAACAGGACACGCCCGAAAACCGCACCGGGCGGGCUCCGGAAAAAAAAGGGGCGGCAAAAGUUUUGCCGUCGUUCAGUUCCUCCUCGCGGGGCAUAGAAAGCUUGUAUCCAACCAUCAAGGUGUGA